AUGAAUACUAACUCUCUGACACGGAAGGUACGGACUCUCAGUCUCAGCCUCAGUAGAAGAAGGCCCAAACACAGAGGGCACCUGCUCUCCUCUAGCUCCUCUCUGGAGGGAAUGGCCCAGCUUCACCCGCCCCACGUCGAGGCAGGAGAGGUCACCGAAGUUCUUUCUAGAAUGUCAGAGCCCAAGAGAUUUGUGUACAAAAUCGAAAUAAAAUGGUCUGAUGGAACGUCAUCGACCUCUUAUCGCAGCUACAGCGAGUUCUUUGACUUCCAAUGCUCCCUACUUGUAGAGUUUCCUGUCGAAGGAGGCAACAAAGGAAAUACUAGAACAAUCCCAUACCUACCCGGCAAAAAAAUAUUUAAGAAAACCACUUAUGAUCUUGCAGUCGAGAGACAACCUCAAAUUCACGACUACGUUACAGAAUUGUUGUCCCUCCCUGAGCACAUAUCAAGAUCUGAAAGACUGUUACGAUUUUUUAAAAGCAAUUGGCAGGAAGAUCGGCUAAACAGAGGAGAGAGUGAGGAUGGAGCCAACUAUUCAGUGCGAUACGUCAAGGGAGCAAUGGCCUCGUCGGAACAUGGAGCAUAUUAUGUGCAGUCCAAUGACUCGGCUGCUGGUGACAGCCUAUCGAGAGCAGACUCUGAGGAACCCAUUGUGUUAGGCAUCUGAGCUGCGUCUGACUGGUGUGUUUUUUGUAUCUGAAGAUUGACUCCAAAUAUAGGUUUUAUGUUCACUUUCCAUGAUUUUUAUGCCUGGUUUUAUUUUAUUCACACCCAUGACUUUUAUAUAAAAGAUUUGCACAGUCUAAA